AAGUCAAGAAAAAACGUUUCGUUGAACAUCCCUAUCAGUAGGCUAUCACUGUAUCGGUGACAAGUGUAGCGUCACGUUCGAUAGACUAUCUUUCUGAUUAGCCAUCAUUACAGAAACAAACAAAAAAAUAGAUGCUCGGGGCUACAUCCACGGCGCAAAAACUCACGCAACUAACUGACUGGCAGUCCUAGAAAAUUUAUAACCUAUGUAUGAAAAUAGUAUCUGAGCGGCUGUACAAAUUUCAGCCGUUACAUCAUCGUUAAAUUACUGCUGAUUGGUCAAUAUUACGGUAGAAAACAAGGAAGUCGAUACUCGAGGAAACAGGGGAAACACCCAGCCCAAUGUUCGAAAUUUGAGUGCGAAAUUUGGAAAGUUGGUUGUUAGCUAUUUGGCGAUUUUACUCGACUGUCGAAUUUUGGUGGUUCUGUGUACGUUUCCCGCAAUUUAAGCGUGACUCUGAGUGAUAUAUUUGUCAAAACAACGUUUGCGUAAGUUUUUAAAAAGAUGGCAGAAUAUCGGCCAGUGAACAUUAUACAAAUGUUGGAGAGGCGACAGCUUGGACUGCCUUUAAAAGAGAAAGGAAGAUGCGUUCGACAUUCACGCAAUAACUACAGAUGCGACUUCGAUCUUCUGAAGACUUUGUUAUGUGAUCGGGAAUUAUAUCUGGAGGUAAUUGCAUGUCGAAAAGUAUCCAGAUCAAAAGAACCAUCAUUUUGUCACAACCGUUUGUUUACAAAUAAUUAUUGCUCAUGGUUCAACCUGUGCACAAGUCCGACAGCUGGUCCGUUUUUGAUGAAAUCCAAUAUAUUUUCUAAAGAUAUGCCACCGACUCAAAUUUCUUCAUCAUCCAAUGGGCCAAAAAUUGUUGAUGCAGUCACUGUGAACCCACCUAAUGGUUGCAUGCCACUGCCAAAUUCUCAACAUCUACCAUGCAUACUUUUACUCGGAAAGAAUGGUUGGUUAUAUCAGUAUUGUUUGAAAGAUGCUGCUCUUCUGAAUAAAAUCUACAUUCAUACAAAUCUAUUUUCUGAUGAAUUGGUUGAAUCAUCAUGUUCUAUUGAACAGACAUAUGAAAAUCAAAAUUCACCAACAGAACGGACGAGACAAAUUGUUUCCUCACUGAAUUUUACAUAUAAAUACAUAACACUUAAUGGUGCAGAGGGCAGAGUGCUCGUUCGUAGUGGCACUGUUGUUCAAAAUGGCUAUGCGUAUUCUGCUUAUCUCCUUUUGGCUCUUUUUCCUUUGAAAAUCGUCAGUCAUUUUGUAACGAAGGCAAUAAACCCAAAUCUAAAAGCUGAGCUUUGGACUGAUAUAUUUGUCAUAACUGCGAUCAAAGGAUCAUCUGUCACUUUAUACGGUUUUAAGGACAUUGAAAAGUUGUAUCAUAUAAAUGCAUCUCCUGUUUAUAUUGGGAAGAAGGUUUUUUGUCAGCGAUCACCUAAUCAUAAUGAAAUGCAGAUGGUCGAAAUUGGUGAUACUGAUAUUGGUAUUCCUUACACAGCUGAACUGAUAGAUCUCAACAAGUUUGAAGAAUACUCAAGUAUGGAAUUGUUCCAUACAAAGGCAUUGAAGCAUAUAUUUCGUGUUGGUGGAGUGCCGUAUCACUACAUAGUUCCAGUUGACAACAGUUGCACUUCAUGGUCUCUUCGAAGUAUUUCAGAUAAAAAGGAAAUUGCUAAGUUUCAUGUGGAUGAAAAGUGGGAUAAAAGCCAUGUUGCUGGAGUUGAUUUCCAUUCAGAUGAGAGUGGACGAUUACUGUUGGUUAAUAAUAAUACAGUAACUGUUUAUAAAAUUGAGGAAGAAAGGCAUGCUAAGCAACGGAUGGCUAUUUGUGCGCCAGACAGAACAGUAUACUCGAAUCGACAACAACAGAAAUGCAGUCCAACUCAGUUACUCAACACAAGCUCAAUAUCUGAACCGGAUUUUCAAUUACGAGUUAUUGGAUCUCCUUGUAAACACAUAGUAGCAAAUGUCAAUAGCCAGAAAUUUUCAAAACACAAAACAACAAAAUGUUAUGAAAUAGACGUAUCUCAUAAAAAGUCCGCAGAUAUACCCGAAGAAACAGAAAAGUGGAUAUAUCCAUCACAAACACCGAAUUCAGAAAAUGGUCAGUCUUCUUAUGGUCGGACACUUCGACAAACCAGACGCUUUGUUGGUUACAAUCAAACUGAAUCUGUGAUUGGCAUACAGUGCGUCUCAUAUGAAGAUGAGUUGGAUGUUCUAGCUGUACUUCAUUUCAGAGGAAUCACAAGCAGUGAAUAUUCUGGUUUUGGGAACAAACACUAUGAUCUGGUGGUCUCAUUGUAUGACAAUGCUACUGGUGCUAGAAUAAACACUGUUACUUUGGAACAAGAUCUUGUGCCAAGUGAUAACUGCGAAGCAACUAUUAUUUUGGACGAGGAUACUGUGAUAUACACAAGGACUGAAAUGAAUGACACUUCAAACUAUAAAAUUAUGAGAUUUUGUCGGAAAUAUUGAAUUAUUUUUUAUAAGAUUAUGAAUUCACUGUGAUCAUUUUUAAUAAAACGGACGUAUGAAGGCGUUGCUCCGUAA